GGGGGAGGGCUUUAAACCUGCCUGCGAUUUUUCCUUUUUUGGCCUGCGUUCUUAACCUUCAUCUUAAGGCACCUCCUCAGAUGCAGAGGGAAGACCCAGACCAGUUAGAGAGCAGCCAGUGGUCAGGACGGUCAGGCCAGUCAGGUCUCUGGUGGAAAAGCCCCUGAGGUUAGAGAGGGGAGGCUGGCCAGCUGUCAGGCCCUGGAAGCUUAGAGUAACUGGGUGGGAGGUGAACAGGGACCCUACUGCAAGAAGCCCACCCCACAGUCUCGCCACGGUGGAGAAAUUACAUUCUGUGGUUCUCAGCACACACUAGAAUGAGUACGUGAACCAUUGAGCAACUCUUGACUCAUGAUGAGGCUUGGUGUGCAAGAGGAGGAAAAGCACUCCAGGCAGAAGGAACCACAGGCUGCGCGCCUGAAGAAACUACAGGAGCAAGAGAAACAGCAGAAAGUGGAGUUUCGUAAACGGUGUCUCCAGGGAGAAGCCUGGAUGCCAGAGAAGGCGUGGGGGGCAAGGCCCGGUGCCCCAGGCUUGGGAGCUGGUGCAGUCACCUCAUGUGUUCCUCUUCUGUCUCCCAAGAUGGAGAAAGAGGUGUCAGAUUUCAUCCAAGACAGUGGGCAGAUCAAGAAAAAGUUUCAGCCGAUGAACAAGAUAGAGAGGAGCAUCCUACACGAUGUUGUGGAAGUGGCCGGCCUAACGUCCUUCUCCUUCGGGGAAGAUGAUGAGUGUCGCUAUGUAAUGAUCUUCAAAAAGGAGUUUGCACCAUCAGAUGAGGAGCUGGACUCCUACCGCCGGGGUGAGGAGUGGGACCCCCAGAAGGCUGAGGAAAAACGGAAGCUGAAGGAGUUGGCCCAGCGGCAGGAAGAGGAGGCGGCACAGCAGGGCCCGGUGGUGGUGAGCCCUGCUAGUGACUACAAAGACAAGUACAGCCACCUCAUUGGCAAGGGGGCAGCCAAGGACGCCGCCCACAUGUUGCAGGCCAACAAGACCUACGGCUGUGUGCCCGUGGCCAACAAGAGGGAUACGCGCUCCAUCGAAGAGGCCAUGAACGAGAUCCGGGCCAAGAAGCGCCUGCGGCAGAGUGGGGAAGAGUUGCCACCCACAUCCUAGGCACCACGGCCCCCAGGGGCAGGGUGGGGGGUGGGGGGAUCGGCUGCUGCUACUAGAACCCAUCCUGGAGCCCCAGCUCCACACCGCCCCGGACAGCCGUGUCUCUGGCUUGGGGGGUCCGGUGUGUGACGUGUCACUGCUGGAGCUUGGACGAGUGUACUGCAUGUGUGAGUGCAAGUGUGUGAGUGUGCGAGUGUGCAGGUGGGUAUUUAACAUGUAUUAUUCUUUUUCCUUGGACUGUCUUCCCCAUGAAAGGGGGCUGGGAUGACUUCACAUUCAAUAAACACUGUUGGACCUGA